AUGGAGGAUUUUGGCGAUUUUGUGAAUGGUGCUGGCCUUAUUGACGGUGGUUUUGAAGGAAGCACUUUCACUUGGACCAAUGGUCAGUCGGGUCGAUGCAUGGUUAAAGCCAGACUGGACAGGGUCUUGUAUAAUUCAGUAUGGUCGUCUUACUUUCAAAUAAGCAGAGUCCAUCAACUUAGCCGAACAUGUUCCGAUCAUGCGCCGUUAAGGUUAGAGGUUGAGGUUUCUAGCAUCAAAAGGCCUUCUUCGUUUAAAUUCCAGCAAAUGUGGCUUUCUCACCCAGGAUUUAAUCAUUUCGUGAAGGACUGCUGGUCUACUGUGUAUGAAGGUUCUCCUUUGCAGAUUCUUUUUUUGAAACUAAAGUUUUUGCGGGAUAAACUAAAGGUUUGGAACAAGGAGAUUUUUGGUAACAUCCAUCAAAAUGUAAAGAAUUGUGCGGAUGACGUCUCCCAGGCAGAAGUUGCUCAUGAUCUUAAUCGUUGUAAUGACUCUCUCCUUCAAUUAUAUGAUGCCCGAGAUCGUCUUCAAAAGGUCCUUUUACAAGAAGAAAUUUUCUGGAAAGAGAAAUCCCAGGUGAAGUGGCUUUUGGAAGAGGCUGUGAAUUGUUUUGCAAAUCUUUUCUCUUCGGGAAGUUGUUCUCGACAUGCGGAGCUGCUUGAUGUGAUUCCUUCGGUUAUUACCGAGGAAGAUAACACCCGUUUAAUUGCAUCUCCAUCUCUGAAGGAGGUUGAAGAAGCGGUUUUCUCUCUUUCAAAGGAUAGUGCUCCAGGGCUGGAUGGGUUUACAGGUCAUUUUUUCACUUCUUCUUGGGAGAUUGUGAAAGCGGAUGUCUGGGCUGCAAUGGAGGAUUUUUUUAAAGGGGGCAUUCUUCAUAGGAGCUUUACUUCUUCCCAUCUGAUCCUCAUUCCAAAAAUGGAGAACCUGGAUGUGACGUCUGAUUGUCGCCCAAUUAGCCUUUAUGUGGUUCAAGAUCUUAAGAGGAAAACAAGGGGAGGCAAUGUUUUGCUUAAGCUUGAUAUGGCAAAAGCUUAUGAUCGCAUGGAGUGGAGUUUUUUGGUAGAGGUCUUAGCCAAAUUUGGUUUCAGCAAGGAUUGGAUUACUCUUAUCCAAAAAACCAUGGUCAAUUAUUGGUUCUCCGUGGUUAUGGAUGCGAGCCCUUUUGGUUUUUUUAAAUCUUCAAGGGGUCUCCAUCAGGGUGACCCGCUUUCUCCGACGCUCUUUAUUUUAGCGGAAGAAGUCCUGAGGGGUUUAAGAAGCUUAUUUGCUGAAGGCCAUGCUAAAUUUUAUCAGCUUUCUAGGGAUUGUCCUGGUAUAUCUCAUAGCCUCUUUGCAGAUGACAUAAUUAUCUUUACUAAGGGGCUCAAAUCAUCCCUCAAGCAACAAGUACGAGGAAUUUUCAGGGCAGCUGAAUUUGGUAAUCGACAUCAUUGGGAGAAUUGGACGAAAGCCUGUAGACCGAUUAAGGAGGGGGGCUUGGCCUUAAGAACCCUCGGAGACCUUAGUCUCUCCAUGAGAAUCAAGGGUAUUUGGCGUACUCUCUCAGAAAAUUCUCUAUGGAGUUCUUUCUUUAAGGCAAAUUUUUUGAAGGGAAACCAUAUUACUUUUGCUAACUCCAAUACAAUGGAUUCGAUAUCCUGGCGUAAGGCCCUUGAACACAAAGAUUUUAUGCUUUCUAACUCAAGGUGGUUGGUGGAGCAAGGUGAGGUUUUGUUCUGGCUGGAUAACUGGCUAGGGGUUAGGCCUUUACUGGACUUUGUGGAUGGAGCUAUCAAUGUUCCAUUGAAUGCCCCUGUAAGAGAUGUGCUCUCAAAAGAUGGGUUGUGGGAUCAAGAAUCCCUGAAUCUUAUCGAUAACCUGGAUAUUCGUGAUCAAAUCAGGAAUAGCAAUACUUUUUUCUCUUCCAGGUUGGAUAAGAUUGUCUGGACUCCUGCCUCCGAUGGAAUUUUUUCGGUUAAAUCAACUUGGAAUGUGGUUCGUAUCCAGCAUCCUACAAUCUCUUACUUUAAGUGGCUUUGGAAUGCUUCGGUUCCAACAAAGAUUGGGUUCUUUUCCUGGCAAAUUCUCAAUGGGAAUGUCCCAAGUGAUAAUACACUAAUGAGUUUGGGCGUUCCGUUGGCUUCUAAAUGUGUUUGCUGCAAAGAGCCUUGGAGGGAAACUACUAAUUACAUCUUUAUUCAUGGAGGCAUGGCUACCAAAGUGUGGAAUUUCUUUAAUGGCUUGUUUGACAUAGUUUUGAUCCCUACUCAGGACAUUAGGAGUCGACUCCUAUUUUGGCAUGCUCAAGCGACUUCUAGUGGAAUUUGCAAUUUCAUAAAAGAAACGCCCUGUGCCUAUAUAUUGGUGUCCCCCUUUAAUAUGCUGAAAUUAAAUGUUGAUGGUGCGAGUAGGGGAAAUCCAGGAGUAAGUGGUGGUGGGGGUAUUAUUCGUGAUUGCGAAGGCUCCUUGAUUGCUGCUUUCUCUAAUUUUUGUGGUAUCUGUUCUAACUCAGUGGCUGAAAUGAGAGCCCUUCUAGAUGGGUUGCAGCUUUACGCUAGUUUGGGUUUACAUGGUUUUUUUGUCAGCCCGGAUACGGCUUCGAUUGUGCGCUUCGUCACACAAAGGAAAUGCAAUCUGUGGAGCUGUUGGUUUUGGUUCCAGGAGGUCCUCACUCUUUGUGACUCUCUUGGUGUUUGCAUUCACUUCGCUUAUCGUGAUAGCAAUCAUGCUGCGGAUUUCUUGACGAAUUUCGCUUGUGACUCUUUGGUCGAUUCUUCUUUCCACGAUACUCAAAGUAUCCCGCAGGAUUUACGGCGGAUUGUUAGGGAGGAUAAAACUGGUUUACCAGUUUUUAGAAUGUAA